AUGGCUAUCAGAUUGGUGGAGACUUUGCACCUUGUAUUGUUAUUGUUCGGGUUGAUACAGUUGGCUGUUGCAAGCGCAAGGUUGACUGAUGACUCUUUCGCUGGUACAUGGAGUGGACGUGGUCUGGGAAAGAGGAAUGUCCUCACAGGGCGCUCCAUCGCCGCGGACCCCAAAGGCCUCUACAAACCCCACAAAACCAAAGUCCCCAUAGAUCACUUCCCCUACGAUUCACGCUAUGAACCACACACAGACGAGAAGUUCGACUUGCGCUAUUGGUUCGACGCCAGCCAUUACAAAGAGGGCGGUCCCAUAAUCGUCCUUCACAGCGGCGAGACGAGCGGCGUCAACCGUCUGCCCUUCCUGCAGAAGGGCAUCAUGAAAAUUCUCUCCGAGACAACCAAUGGCCUGGGAGUCAUUCUUUAA